AACAAGAUCGACCUCGGACCAGUCAACGCCAAUGAUAUGGGGAUGGAGUGUAGACGCAUCGUAGAACGCGUUUUCGUUUGAAGUUGACGUCUUGUUUGAGAGUAGAUGUGACAGAUUUGCGUAGAAUAGGGUAAGAUGUUAUCAUGAACGGAGAUGAAAGGGCUUUUCCAACACGGAGAUGUAGCAUGGAUCAAAGCAUUUGUUGGAUUUCAGCUUUUACAAGCGGACAUCAACGCAGUAGUAUUUUAGCAAGCUUACGAACGCAUAUAGGAUACCAUCAGGAUUGUCAUUGCAAACCCAGACACCCGUCCGACCUCAUCCAUCUCUCUUCAGGUGGUACGGACACAACCUGUGCAGCAAUGGGAGGAGAAGUCGAAGAGACAAAGGAGAUCCCUCCUCUGCAGCAGCUCCGAGAAUGUCUGCUGGACCGUGAUGAGCCGAUCGCCAAGCGGACACACUCAGCGUUUUUCCUGCGGACCUUGGGUAGUGCUGAGGCCGUCAGCGCCGUUGGGGAAGCUCUCUUGGUGGAGGAAGACUCGGCCCUGCUCCGUCACGAGCUAGCCUACAUCCUUGGCCAAAUGCAGGACGAAGCAGCUUGCGAAACGCUCGAGAAGGUGCUCGGAAACACGUCCGACGACUGCAUGGUCAGGCACGAGGCUGCGGAAGCGCUUGGCGCCAUCGGGGCGGACAGCUCCGUUCCGGCGCUGGAGCGAUUUGCUUCGGACCCGGCGCCAGAGGUGUCCCAGACGUGCCAGCUGGCGUUGGACCUGAUAGCCUGGCGGCGCAAGCAAGGGACCAGUCCUUAUGCAACCGCAACAGGAGACGGGGGCAACGCAGAUGGGGGGCUAGAUGCGAACCCAUACCAAUCCGUGGACCCCGCGCCCAGCUGCGGCGAGGGUAGCGGAGGGGAAAAGAUUGGGGAGGGGACGGAGGAGAUGGGGAAGAGGCUUCGCGACGGAGACAGGACCCUCUUUGAGAGAUACAGGGCGAUGUUCUCUCUCCGAAAUAGAGGGGGAGAAGCCGCGGCGCUGGAGCUAGCUGCGGCUUUUCAUGGCGAGGAUAAUGCGCUCUUCAAGCACGAGGUGGCGUACGUUCUCGGGCAGAUGCAGCACCCUGCGACCGUGCCGGCUCUCGGGACCGUCCUCGCAGACCUAGCGGAACACCCGAUGGUACGGCACGAGGCGGCGGAAGCUCUCGGAGCGAUCGGGGGUAACGAGGCGGAAGGGCUGCUCAGAACCUUCAUGGCGGACGACGUCGUUGCGGUCAAGGAGAGCUGCGAGGUCGCGCUGGACACAAUUGACUACUGGUCCAACCGAGGUUGACGUGUGUACCCAAACCGAACCCCGUCAAAGGUGGACCGACGUAGGCCCAAGCCCGCUCUUCGGACACUGCCCUUGACACGGUGCUGAUCCUGCUGCUGUGUUCUUGAGGCUGUUGCUGCUGCGGGAAACACUGCUUGGUAUGUAGGCUGGUGAGCACGCGUGAGGCACUCGCCAACUAGUGGCUGUUUCCUAGCCAAUACGUGUUAUCAAACACAGGAGUGACUGACUGCCUUCUCCCGGAAGAGCGAGCGUCCGUGGAACGUGCUGUGGUGAUUGGUGCUGACAGCCGGCAAGGCAUACAUGACAGAUAGGUAGAUGUUUCGGCGCGCUGUUGGGAUGGCGUGGUCGGUAACGGGGCGAGAGCUGAGCUGUCCUUUGCGAGAUACUGCACUAGCCACUGUGUCGUCACAGCGCUCCCAACUGGCUACACUCAUCUCCGUAAGCUAGGAUUUUUGUCAAGGCAUACGGGUAGGCGGGAAGAGGACGGGGGUACUGCUGAAAAUUGUACGCUACAGGCAGCUGUUGCAGCGGUAGUCUCGCGUGGUGUAUGCGGCGGAGGUACAUUUUUCUGUUGUAAGGAUGUUGGUGCGAAAUUACCUGAUGGGCAUCUGGAGACGGCCUCCACAACUGCGCCCUUGACGAGGUGCCGAAAUUCGAGAAUCUCAACAUGUAACAACACUCAGUGUUGGUCUGCUGUAGUCCGGCGUCUUGUGGGGUACUAUGCUUGGUAUGUACCGGACUUGGGACUACAUUCGUUUGCGGUCAUGCAGCCGCUUGCAGACACGCAGCAGCUCCGUCGUUGGUGAGCGGUCGUCUUGAUAGUACAUCUCGUGGAACAACGACACCGCUGUACAAGUGUGUGCGUGUUCACCAAGCUCCUCUGCCGAAACCAUACGUCCUGCAAACAUUUGCACAUGUGUAGUAAUUGGUAAUCUUAGCUGGGGUGCCACCCCUGCUGGCUGUUGAAUACACGUACAUAGUAGGUGUGCGUAUCAUUUGGCAGGCAAUUUGCUGAUAAGUCGAAUACCUGCAUUGAAUGUUGUCAGAGAUGACCGAAGACCCUUGGAUGACGGGUGGCAUUGGUCACGGUCAAUGGGUCAGAUAUGUACCCCCCA